AUGGAACUGGUGGUGAUAGUUCACUGGCGUUACUCCUCAUAUGGACGCUCACCUCCUGCUUAUCCAUCGCCACAAGUUCAAGGAAGUGGAGAAUGGUCGCAAGCAUACAGUCAAGCGGCAGCCUUAGUUGCUCAGAUGACUGUUCAGAAAAAAGCAAACAUUACACUAGGCUCUUCAGAAACUCACGGUUGCUGUGGUUUCACUGGUAGUGUUCCUCGCCUUGGUUUCCCUGGCAUAUGUUUGAACGAUGCCGAGAGCGGUGUUCGUACUGCUAGCAAGAUCAAUGGCUAUCCUGCUCAACUUCAUAUCGGAGCUUCUUGGAACAGAUCUCUAGCUUAUGAUCGCGCACACUAUAUUGGUCAAGAGUUCAAGACCAAGGGUGUCAAUGUGCUUCUUGGUCCUGUGGCAGGUCCGCUGGGCAGGAUUGCGACUGGCGGGAGAAAUUGGGAAGGCUUCUCGAACGAUCCAUAUCUAGCUGGGGCCUUGAUCGCGCCGACCAUCGAGGGUAUGCAGCGGCCAGUCAUUGCUUGUGUCAAGCACUUUAUCGCCAAUGAGCAGGAGACCAAUCGUAGUCCAUUCUUGCAAGGAUUUGUCAGCGGCUUGAUCAACUUGAACAAUUCUGUCUCGUCGAACUUGGACGACAGGACCAUGCACGAGUUGUAUUUAUGGCCCUUUUGUGACGCCGUCAAGGCUGGGGCCGGCUCUACCAUGUGCUCUUAUCAGAGGGUGAAUAAUAGCUAUGCGUGCCAAAACAGCAAGACUAUGAACGGUCUGCUCAAGACCGAGUUGGGCUUCGAGGGCUUCCAUAUGGGUGUUGCUAGUGUGAAUGCAGGCCUAGAUAUGGUCAUGCCAAGUUCCAUGUACCUGGACGUCAAUGGUUUUGCUACUGCCGUCAAGAAUGGAUCCGUGGCAGCAGAAGCGACGCUGUUCCAGGGUGCAGUCGAAGGUCAUGUGCUGGUCAAGAAUAUCAAUAACGCGCUCCCACUCCAGAAGCCGAUUGUCUUGUCAUUUUUCGGAUAUGAUGCUCCCGGCGGAUUGAACACAUCCGACGCUGACCUGACACUGUACCAAAACGGAAAGGCCAAUACGCGAGCAUUCACAAAUGGAAAGCCCUAUACUGGGUUGGAUGAUCUGAUCAACUCGGCUCAAGUCCUUCCGGCCGGCUUCUCUGGUUCCGAGGUAGCCCUAAAUGGAACAAUGCGUACUGGCGGAUCUGGUGCCAUUACACCUGCAGCUUCGAUAUCACCUGAGGAUGCAUUCCGCAGUCAAGCUGCCAUCGAUGGUACUGUGCUGUACACAGACUUCACCCCGCAGAAUCCUACAAUCAGAGAUUCCAGGAGUCCGUGCUUGGCGUUUGUCAACUCUCAGUCCAGCGAGAGCUGGGAUCGUAGCAAACUUGCAGACGUCUACUCUGAUACGCUGGUCACCAAUGUUGCUUCUCAAUGCAUGAACACGAUGGUCAUCAUCCAUAGUGCAGGCGUCCGUCUCGUUGACAGGUGGAUCGACCAUCCUAACAUCACGGCCGUCAUUUAUGCCAAUCUGCCAGGACAAUACAGUGGAAACUCGUUGACAGAGAUCAUGUACGGGCGGCAGUCACCAUCUGGACGUCUCCCUUUCACUGUCGCCAAGAACGAGUCUGAUUAUGGCAGUCUUCUGAGGCCGACCCUGCCCGACCGGACGAAUCCUCAAUACUCACAGUCUGACUUCACAGAAGGUCUCUUUAUCGAUUACAAACGCUACUCGUCUUUGCAGAUCUCGAUUAGUGCGAGUGCCAUAAGGUCAGCAGCACCUCCAAUAUCCACGAGUGAUAUUGCUUCCGAGGGCGGCACAACCUUCCUGUAUGACAACAUCGCUACGGUCUCCGUCUCCGUCGGGAACACUGGCAGCGUUGUGGCCGCUGAGGUCGCUCAGCUAUACUUGGGCAUACCUGGUAGUGGUGUUCCUAAAGUUCUUCGUGGCUUCGAGAAGCAAUUGAUACAGCCAGGUACAAGUGUGACUAUGGUUUUCUCCUUGAGAAGGAGAGAUCUCAGUAUCUGGAAUGUGAUCAGACAGCAAUGGAUGUUACCUUCUGGUAACUUCAACGUCAUGGUUGGCAAGAGCGUGUUGGAUAUUCAGGUGCAAGGCACUCUGACACUGUAA